GAGUUCCGAGUCUUGGUGUGCCAAGUGCUUUCUCUGACGUUGUGGUCUCGCUCAGCCUCGAAAUAUUUGUUCGAGCUGUUCACUGCGGUCCAUUUAGGAUAUGCUCCUGGGUAUUUUAUCUACUAUACACUUUAAUUUUGACUUUCAUUUUGUUUUUUUUGCUUUACUCGAGACUUUAAUAUACUGCUCCUCAAAUUUCUACCAAAUGUCGAUUAUCGGGAUGCUGCUCGUUACCCCUUUUCGUCGCUCACGUGAUCAAUUACCCGCGUUUUCUUUUCCAGCCAACAACGAUUUGAGUGCGCCUUUGCAUCUUGGAUCCACAGUAGCCUGUAUGAACGGUAGGGUUUCAUAUUACCAUGCAGUUUGCACGAGGCUAGGCCGUAUUGCUUUUGUCUCGCUUAGGCUUCGCCCUGAUUCUGUCCCGACGGAGAAGAUUCGGUGAAUCGACAUUGUUGCGCCAUCUGCUGUUAUCUUGUUCUUGCUUCUUGGUGUCAGAAUCAUACUAUUUUGCGCAUUUUGGUUUCAAACGGGUUGGUCUCCUGAGCUUCGA